GAUUAUCUACUUUUAUUCAAUUAGAAUAAAUUAUCAUUUUUAACCAUGAAAGAUUUAACCAUCGACAAAUCUAAUCAUAAAAUAUAUAACUUAAUUUGAUAUCCAUCAAAGAUUUGAUUAGUUUGAUAAAACAACUCAAAAAUAGACAGUGUUUUGGGUAGUUUCGUCGAACUAGCACAAUUUCCGAUGUUAGAUAACUAAACAAAUGCAUGUUACUGUGAUGGUCAUUGGUGGAGAGUAGUAGGCAGGAGAUGGAAAAGUGAGAGAAGAGAGAGGCAUCAAUUUCAGAGUUUUCGUUGUCUUGUGGCGCUGGUGCGCCAAGCCAAUCAUGCACCCCUUUCCUUAUCUUCAAGUUUUAUGCAUGGAAAACGUGUAUUCUUUGUUUUGUUUGUUUCCUUCUUUCUCUUGCCAGUUCCUAAACCUUCCCCAACUUGCUUCCAACUACUGUUUUCUAGAUAACCAAAUCGUUGCUUCUCUUUUCAUCUCAUCAUGGAGGACAACGCUGCUGAUGCUGCCACCGUCCCUCGUACUGUGAAUGCUUUACAGGAUAGAGAUAUCAAGUUCCUGACUAAAGCUAUCGAAGAAGCAUAUAAAGCUGUUGAAUGUGGCGAUGGACGACCAUUUGGUGCUGUUGUUGUUAGAAAUGGUGUAGUAGUUGUGAGCUGUCAUAACAUGGUUUUAAGGAAGAGUGAUCCCACUGCUCAUGCUGAAAUUAAUGCUAUCAGAGAGGCAUGUAAAAAGCUAAAUCAAAUUUAUCUUGCUGACUGUGAAAUCUAUGCUUCUUGUGAACCUUGUCCAAUGUGCUUGGGUGCAAUUAAGCUUUCAAAAAUUAAGAGAUUGGUUUAUGGAGCAAAAGCAGAGGCAGCAGUAGCAAUCGGAUUCGAUCCUUCCAAUGCCAAUGCGCCUAACCAGAAGUCCGAAUUGGAGAUUAAGAAGGCAGAUGGUGCUAUUGCUUUAAUGGCAGAACAAGUAUUUGAGAAGACAAAGGGAAAGUUCCUUAUGCCCUGAUUGAUUACUUUAAUCUUCUCAAAAGUGAAUGCAAAGAAUUGUUCUGUAGAUAAUGUUUCUUUCUGAAACUUUUCUUUAUGAAUUGAAGCAAUAUAAUAAAAUUUUCAUUCUCAUUGUGUG